UCCUACUUUCAUUUCCUUCCUCCUUCUUUCUCGACUCCUCCCACAGUCAUUCUGUAGGACACCUCCUUCCGCUCCUUUAGGUAUUCCACUAUGGACUCCACUCCAUUUUCUCUAUGUGACUCUUUAUCACUGACUUUCGCCACAACCAUCGAAGAGUGCAGCUCCACCGCCGAGUUAACUUCCAGAACUGGCAUUGACAGAAUGUCAACGCAAACCUUGGUUUCAGCCACCUCUUCCUCCUCGCCAUCCCUGUCAUCGGAAUCUAUAACACAUCUGCCAGCAUCUAUAUCAUUAACAUAUUCGUCAAUUUUGCCUCUUUCGACCUACACGUCGCCUUCUUCCUUUCGACCCAGCGUGUUUUCAAGUGCUACAUGCUCAUCUACCAGAGGCGUGUCGCCAAUAACAACAAGCAUGAGCUUGAGUCAUGCGAAGUCAUCUUCUGUGCAAUAUGCUAGCUGGAGCUCGUCGACGACUGUUACUGUGACUGAAAUCAGUACGCGUACGCUGAAGAACGUCACCGGCGACAACGUGGUCCAUUUGAUCACUGUCACGAGCACGUAUGCGAAGAGUACUGCAGCUCCAUACACCACCACGUCUAUCACUUCCGCCAUAUCCACGGCAACAUCCACGGCAACAUCCACUGCUGUCACAACCUCGGUGUCAACCGCAACUCCUAGUGCUGUCACUCAUACCGGCACAACUUCCACAUCCAAAUCUGGCACAGCCGGUAAAAUCGUAGCGCUGGCUGUAGUCCUAUCUGUAACUUCGCUUGUUGCGGUGGUAGCCAUAAUCCUGUGGUUGCGCAGCAGGAAACCUCGGAAAGCCCCGCAGAUCACACCUUUCGUUUCGAAACCCACUGUAGAGGAUGCUGCUCUAAACAAUCCUCCUCGAAGAGUUAGUUGGAUAGGAAAACUGGGAUGGACUGGUUCUCUAGGGCUCGAGCCAGGGACAUCCUCGUCAUCUCAGACCUAUUGCGAUGAAGUCCAGUUCGCAUAUCCGGCCGAAUCUGCAAUAGCAGUUGACCCCCGUCGUUCACCUUCACCAUCUCUCAAUACCCGCCGCAGCAUCUCCACUAUGGACCUGCUGAGGCGGAGCUGGCCUGGGGUUCCGCGUGCGUCUCUAUCGCGCACGGAGACCCGCCGGUCGAUAGAGACUCCGCUGCCUCACUACCCCAGCUCACCAUCUCCUAAUCCAAUGGUGUCCUCGGCCGGAUUUUUGGAUCAAGACCCGUAUGCAUGGCAAUCGCAGGUUGAGGGUAUUGCUACAACCUCCACAGAUAGUAAUCAUGGCAGAUCGGGCAGUGGUCAGACGUUGCCGCCUGCGUAUCAACCACGGCAGGAUGUGUAUUGGACCGGUGACCUGUGAGGUUA